AUGCCUGACGAUAAAUUAAAUAUGGCCAAAAGCAUUGGUGCCUCGAUCGCUGGUUCAGUAGGUGGUGCCAAAGUAGCAGAUAAGUUACAUCUAGGUAACGGUGGCCAUAUGGCUACCAGUAUUGCUGGAAGUAUUGGUGCUAACAAUGUUUUACAUCACUUUGAAGACAAGGACGGUAAGAAAUAG